AUGCGCACACAGCCCCCGCCCCCCCACCGCAACCUGUCCGCAGAGAGCACCUCCUCUUCCGCCGCUGCCUCGUCCCCAGAACCCCAUCUCUCCACCCCCGACCUGCCGCCAUCAGACUGCCUGCCCCAAGUCGUGCACCCCCCAGCAAACACCUCUCCGUCCGGCUCGACCACGUCCAGUACUGGCCACUCGAAGGGCGAAAGCACCCCUCGCGCAGAGGUCGGGCCGCCCGUGUGGCCCCUCGCCGCAGGAGCCGUGGCGAGGCGGAACGAGCUGUUUGACGAGCCGUAUACAAUGAGCAGUAGCAUGGCUCGGCACGGGUCCAACGAUAUUCCCUCCACGCUGUCGAGGACGCCGUCGUUGAAGCGCGCAGGAAGCUACAGGAAGAAACAUGCCAGUCUCGAUACCCCUCCCAACGCUCCCCGCUCCGAGGACGCAUUUCCUAGCUUUACCGCCCUCAACAACGUCCCCCCUCUGUCCCAGUCCUCGCCCAAGGAGCACCAGCCGACUGCCUCCAGGUCAUCGGCCCCUGGCGCACCCCCUUCAGCUGCCUUCCCCCGGCAAUCUACAGAGUCGCACAGUUCAUCACAGAGCCGUAGCAGUCUGACACGGUCGCAUUCGCCCGCGUCAGGCUGCGAGAUCUCUGCACCCAUCUCACCGCCCGUGGGAUACCCUCUGUCGUUCUACUCUCGAGGGAGGCGCAAUUCGUCCUGUUCCGCCCUCGCCCCUCCAUCAAUAUCCUCUGCGAGCACAGCAUCGUCAUCGUCUGGCAACAGCGCCAACUCUACCAAGGCACCUCCCACUCCUCCCCCACCAAGAUGGGCUCGACCUCCUGCGGUCACCAACACGUAUGCCGGUCGCGCCAUGUCCCUGGGUUCUGGCGAGGAACGUCCCGAUGUCAAUCUUGAUGAUUUUGACCCCGAGCUUUUCGAAGGUGUGGACAAUGAAUGGAUAGAGGUCAUCAAGGGGUCUGAAGGGAGAAUCGCCAUCAAGAGUAUUCCCACUGCUUACGAGAUUCUGGUUUGGCUCCCCGGUUUCUCACUAGACAACAUUACCAUUGCCACAAGAGGUCAUAGGACCAUACAUAUUGUCGCUGAUCAAUGGGAUGAAGGAGACCACGCGCAAUGGGAUAUCAAGUUGGGAGAAGACGCCAAUCUCCGAUCCGUGAAUGCCAAGUUUACCGGCAAGGAGCUGCGUGUCACUGUCGCAAGACAAAUACCAGAGUGGCAGCUCGCCCGUGAUCGCCAACAACGAUCAAAUCGGUCCAUCGCAUCCGCUUCCACAUCUAGAUCUACUCCAGCCAUCAGCGGCCCCAGCAUCACGUCAUCGAAAGUGCUCAGUCCUCUUGAGCGCGCGGCUGCAACUUCCAGAGUCUGA